AUGGGCCGAGCUCAUUGGUUAAAUAAUGGUGGAAGCUCCAAGCCCAACUCAAUCAAACCCCAAACGCCGCCACUUCUCUUCUGCAGCUGCUUCCCCCUUUCGCUUCCCUGCGAGUCGCUGAAUUACCUUCUAGAUACGCAGAACCGCUGUGAGAUGCGCCAAGCGAUAUGAUAUGAUGGAGCUGAUUCCCCAGAAUGAGAAAAAGGGUGGCCAUUGUCAUCGCUCCAAGUGAGUUUGUCCUCUCUCAGCACUUACUCCGCAAACAACCCUUAACGACAUCCUCCUCCGUCGCUCCUUUGCCCGUAGAACCGGAAGCCUCUUCCGAUCUCUCCUCUCAGCUCCUUUCAAUCCUCUACAAAUCGAAUUGGCAAAACCAUCCCUCUCUUCGAAAGCUUAUUCCCUCCAUAUCCCCAUCCCAUGUCACCUCCAUCUUCGCCAAUCACUCUCUCAAUCCCCAAAUUGCCCUCCAGUUCUUCAACUACCUAGCGCAGAGACCUAGGUUCAAACACACAGUGCAAACGCACUCGUUAUUGUUAAACAUAUUGGUUUCCAAUAAGUUUGUCGGUGUUGCGCAUAAAAUCCGCAUUUCAAUGAUCAAAGCUUCAGAUUCCAUCGAUGAUAUGCGGUUUGUUUUGGAUUUUUUGAGGAGAGUGAAUAAAGCUGAUAAUGAUUUUCAGUUUAAGCAUACUCUUAUGAGUUAUAAUAUUCUGUUAAUGUCGUUAGCCAGAUUUUUAAUGAUUGAUGAAAUGAAGAGUGUGUAUUUGGAGAUGUUGGAUGAUAUGGUAGUGCCUAAUAUAUACACUUUUAAUACAAUGGUUAAUGGGUACUGUAAAUUGGGUAAUGUUGUUGGGGCUGCUUUGUUUGUGAGUAAGAUUUUUCAAGUGGGUUUGAGCCCAGAUACGCAUACAUAUACUUCCUUGAUAUUGGGGCAUUGUAGGAGUAAAGAUGUAAAUAGUGCACUUAAGGUCUUUGAAGAUAUGCCUAGAAAGGGUUGUCAAAGGAAUGCGGUUUCUUAUACAAACCUUGUACAUGGGCUUUGUGAGGCUGGGCGGGUUGAUGAGGCUAUUGUGUUGUUUAGAAAAAUGGGGGAGGAUGAUUGCCAUCCGACUGUGAGGACUUAUACUGCGAUUAUAUGUGCAUUGUGUAAGCUGGGGAGGAAAGAGGAAGUAAUGAUUUUUUUUAAAGAAAUGAGGGAGAUAGGGUGUGAACCAAAUGUACAUACUUACACCGUGCUCAUUGACAGUAUGUGUAAAGAUAAGAGACUUGAUGAAGCAAGAAGGGUGUUAGAUGGGAUGUCGGAGAAAGGAUUGUUUCCAACUGUAGUUACGUAUAAUGCACUCAUUGAUGGAUAUUGCAAGCGGGAGAUGUUGGAGGCUGCAAUGGAAAUUUUGCAGUUGAUGGAAUCCAAUAAUUGUAGUCUAAAUGCUCGCACAUAUAAUGAAUUGAUCUGUGGCUUUUGUAGAAAGAAAGAUGUGCACAGGGCUAUGGCUCUAUUGAAUAAAAUGCUUGAAUAUAAGCUUUCACCAGAUCAGGUGACUUAUAAUACAUUAAUUCAGGGGCAGUGUAGAGCUGGUCAUUUAGAUAGUGCGUAUAGGUUGCUUAAUUUGAUGAAUGGAAAUGGUUUGGUUCCUGAUGAACGAACUUAUGGUAUAUUAAUUGACAGUCUCUGCAAACAAAAGAGGAUAGAAGAAGCUCAUGUUCUAUUCAAUUCUCUUAAGAAAAAAGGCAUUGGACCAAAUGCAAUUCUGUUUACCUCGUUGGUUGAUGGCUAUUGCAAAGUCGGGAAAGCAGGUGAUGCCCAUUUGCUGUUCGAAAGAAUGCUUACUGAGGGCUGCUUACUGAACUCAAGCACUUACAAUGCUAUGAUAGAUGGGCUGUGCAAAGAGAGAAAAGUGCAGGAAGCAUUAAUUCUAGUCGAAAAGAUGGUGAAAAUGGGAGUGAAGCCCACGGUCCACACUUAUACAACCCUCAUCAAUCAAAUGCUGAAGGAAGGUGACUUUGAUCCCGCUCAAAGAAUGUUUAACCAAAUGAUUUGCUCAGGAUGUAAGCCUGAUCUAAAAACUUACACUGCAUUUAUUCAUGCAUAUUGCAGCAUAGGAAAAUUAAAGGAAGCGGAGGAUGUGAUGGCUAAGAUGAUUGAAGAGGGAGUUGUGCCAGAUUCGCUGACGUACACAUUGUUAAUUAAUGCAUAUGGAUGUUUGGGAUUAUUAUGUUCUGCCUUUGGUGUUCUCAAGCGCAUGUUUGAUACUAGUUGCAAGCCUUCUCAACAUACCUAUGCUUUUCUAAUCAAGCACCUCGUGAAAGAACAGGCGAUGAAAUCAACUAUCAAUCCUGUAGAUCCUCUUUUGGUUUCAAAUGCCAGCCACGUUGAUACUGCAGAUACGUGGAAAACAAUGGACUUUGAACUUGCUUUGGAACUCUUUGGGAAAAUGCUUGCACAUGGUUGUUUGCCCAAUGCUGACACUUACAACCAAAUCAUUAAAGGGCUUUGCAAAGUGGGGCGCUUGGAAGUGUCCCAGAGGUUAUUUAAUCAUAUGAAAGAAAAGGGCUUUUCUCCUAAUGAAGAAACUUAUAACUCUCUUCUUCAUUGUUGCUGCAAACUUGGGAUGUAUGCGGACGCAGUGAAGGUGGUGGACGAUAUGGUUCUGCAUGACCAAUUACCACACCUCGAGUCUCUUAAGGUGCUUGUCAGUGAACUUUAUGACGAUGGAAACAGAGAGAAUGCUAAGGCAGUUUUCUGUACUUUGCUUAAUCUGGGGUAUAAUGAUGAUGAGGUAGCUUGGAAAAUUCUAAUUGAAGGCUUACUCAAGAAGGGGCUGGCUCAUUUUUGCUCCGAACUGCUGGGCAUAAUGGAGAAAAGAGGUUGCCGGAUUCACUCUCAAACAUAUGAAAUGUUGAUUAAGGGACUUGAUGGAACAUAAGAUAUUAAAUUGGCAGUUUUUCAAAAUUGCUUUCGUUAACAGGGAAAAGGCUUUCCCACUUGAUUUUCUUGCUAAUUGCGGGGGUCAAUUUCAUACACUUGGAGCACUCGGUUUGUUUGGCACUAGCAGACUAAUUGUGUUGGUUGACACACUCUCAUCAGCCAAUUGUGAGGAGCUGCUGGUUUAAUUAGCUUUGCGCCACAUAAAGCAAAUAUGUUUUUCAGAUCAAUCUAAGAGAACGCUCUGUUUCAAGUUACUGGUGGACUGAGGGAUAGUCUUUUUACCAGUGAGGUACUAGAAGAAGUGAGAGUGAGGAGCCCUUGUGGAAGGGAGAGGUAGCCUUCCUCUUCUGGAGCAAGAAAAGAAUCAGGCAUAACUCUUGAUUCUGAUCAAGAACCUAGUUUGAGACAAGGUGUUGAUCAACUUAGCUUCUCCAACAAUGUAGACAGUCCUCCACCAGGAUUGCAGUGUAUGCAGACAGUGCAAAGAGAUUGCGCUGCAGCCAUUGUGGAUAAUGCAUGUUGGCAAACGGCUUCUGAAGCGGGUUUGGAACUUGAAAGAUAGCUAGAUUAUCUCUUGCCUAGGGACGUGCUUAACGAAGUGGGAGCAAGGAAAUCAUACAAUUCUAAUAGAGAAACCAUUUCACAACGAGCAAAUGUCCUGAUCCGGAUUACUUCUGCCUCAUAGUGGUGUGAUUGCAGGAGUUGAGAAGAGCACAUACAAAAGCCACCACUGAUAGCAAAAGGGAUUUACGUACUCAGGAAUCCAUUCAAAAAAGUACCUAUGAGGGACCUUUAGAAUUGGGAGGAAAAAAACGAUAUUAAUACAAAUACCAUUAUAGAGAGAUCAUGAUUCCUGAACCUGCCUUUGGCUCCGUUGAUGGUGAAGAUGGUAGCAACCUGGCUUGUCUUAGGCAGCUUUCAGGUUCAAAAGUUGAAGUUCAUGAUCGUCAUCUUGGGAAUGGCGAAGGAAAGGUUGUUAUAUCUGGGACAGCUGAUCAGACUCGAAUAGGACACAGCUUGGUUCAUGCCUUUUAUCUUCGGCCAUCGGUGAAUACCAAACCCCUCCCAUAGUGAUUACUGACUGGUAGACGUAGGGGUGAUCAUUCUCAUACUUCUUGCGUAUUCCAUGUAAAGUAAACAGGAAACACAGAAGCCCAUUGUCAACGGAAGAUUAAUUUUCUUUCUAGAGUAAGUUUUACAAACAAAAUUGAAUUAUACACAUACAUGAAACUUUCCCUCCGGUAUGGUCGUAUGGAUCUCUUGAGCAAUGAAAAGGGUCGAGUAACAUGACAUAUGUUACUGAAUGAGAUGAUGGGGAAAUCAGACCGAAACACACUUUGAGGUCUGUUGUCCCGGAGAUUUGAGAGAGCUUUGAUGAUGGAGACCAUUGGUUGCCAGAAAAGGAAUCGAUUGAUUGCAUGCUUAUCAUGUGUUUUCAGUAAGAUGAGAUAUGGUCAUAGAACUGGAAAGGGAGGUAAGCAGAUGCUCAGGCGCAAAGUGGCUCUUUAUGCUUCAUCGCAAACUACAAGGUGGAGCAGAUGAAAUUUUGUCAACCAUAGAUAGAGGCCUAUUUUUGAACCUCUGUGAAUUCAUUUCGGCAAUGGGAUUUUUGCUUUUGUAAGAUCACUAUAUAACACCCAAAUUCAAGCAUCAAGUGAUUAGAAAUGUCUUUCCUUGGCUGGGUUUUAUUAUUUAGCAGUCUUAUA